UUUUAUUUUCUCAAAGUUUUGUUUAGUUUAUCAACUUUUGUUUGUUUUAUUUUUUUUUCACCCAUUUAAAUGAAUUAGUAACAAUUAAUUUAUUUUUUAUUGUAAAUUUGUUACAUUCAUUGGGUAAUCAAGAAACGAUGAGAGUUUACGCUUAUCAAUUUGAUUACUUUUCCUUAAAACCUUAGCUGUUUAUCUUGUACCUUUUUGUUUGUUACUCCAACUUUGGUUUUUUUUUGUUCACUAUAAUUGAAUUGAUUCAUCAUGGAUUUAACCAAAAUCACAUUACUCUUUUUGCGAUUUGUAAUUUUCAAAUUGUUUCUAACAAUUGGAUUUGUAAUUUGUGACAACAAUCAACAGUGUCAGAAUAUUACCCAAUGUGAACUUCUAGAAAACACUUCUUGCUUGGCUGUUACUUUACCUUAUAGAGCAACUAAAGUUGGUUAUUUUGUUGGUGGUAAUUCAUACGACAAUGAAUACAAAGUUAAACAAUAUCUUGCUAAAUGGAGAGUCUUACAAAGUGUACCUCGUUGUUGGACCUCAUUACAAUCAUUUCUUUGUACAUUAUACCUUCCCAAAUGUGAUAAUGAUCGUGUUCACUUACCUUCCUAUGAUAUGUGUAACUCAGCGAGACACAAUUGUAAAUUUAUCGAAAUGUACUUUGGACAUGAUAAUGUGCCACCAUUUCUCAAUUGUAGCCAAAAUUACAUGAAGUCCAAUUGUAGUAACGGUUAUCAAGAUUUGAAGUUCAAUUCUUUCUCAGCAAAAUGUAAAUAUCCAUUAACACCCACAGAUGACAGCAAUAUUUGGUACCCAGGAAUUGAUGGUUGUGGUUUACAAUGUGAUUUAUCAUUAAUAUCAACGGAAGAACAGACAAAUCUUCAAAAUAUCAUUUGGUAUGGAGGUUUAAGUAGUUCACUUGUACUUUUUAUUUGCUUUUUCACCUUUCGAGUUGAUUGGAAAAGUGCUGAUCGUUAUCCCUCGGUGGCAGUUUAUUACCUCAUUAUUUGUCUAAUCUUCCAUAAUCUUGGAUGGAUGAUACAAUUUUUUAUCUCAAAACAAUCAAUCGUUUGUCGACUUGACAAUACUCGUCGAUACAGUGAAUCUUCAUCACCAGGAUCUGCAUCAUGUCUCAUUGUUUUCUUUCUCAUCUACUAUUUCUCAAUUGCUGCCGCUAUUUGGGUCGCUGUUUUAUCCUUCCUAUGGUUUCAUAAACUUAAAGUAUCAAACGGUAAUUUCAAUGAUCUAAUUGAAAGGAAACGUCAACCCUUUCAUGUAGCUGCUUGGAGUGUCCCUUUUGUAUUAUGUGUUAUCAUCAUUUGUAUCAACAAAGUUGAUAGUAGUCCAAUGUUGGGUAUUUGUUAUGUUGGUUUUGACAAUCCAAUUAUGAGAAUAACUUUUGUCCUAAUACCGAUAAUCUCAUCUAUUUUAAUCAGUGUCUUCUACUUAAUUAAAACCAUGCUCGCCUUGAUUAAAGCAAAAUCAAUUGCUGUCUCUCAUCUUGAUAAGAGACGAAAACGUGACACCAUCAACAGAUUACUCUCUAGAUUAGGAAUCUUUUCGAUAUGGUUGAUUUUAGCCUUAAUUGGAACUACUUAUGCUCAUAUACUAGAAUACUUGAGUUCCGACAAAUGGAAGCAAACUCUUGACAGUCGUGUAUUAUGUGCAUUAGAUCUGAUACCUGUUUUCGCCCCAAGUAGAGCAAAUGAAUGCGAAACAAAUGUCUCAUCACCGAGUCUGCUUCAUGUAAAAAUCCAUCUAAUCAUGGUACUAAGUUCUGGUUUUAGUAUUGUUAUUUGGUUACUCACUCGAGCUUCGUGGGAGGCAUGGAGAAGAUUUUUCCUGAAAAAAUGUGAUGCAUACAUAAUCGGCCGCUCGGGACGUAAACACAAGAUGCUGGCUAAAGCUUAUACUUGUGGUAACGCUGCUAUUUACAAUCAAGAAUCACUUCAUGGUGAUCCGGUUGAUAUGAAUUUAACCUCUGCUACUUCACAAGAAAUUUCAACUGAAUGGGUUAAUAAUUUACCUAAAUUUAUUCAACGACGAGCAGCUAUAGUUAAACUUAACAAUGCUAAUCAUUAUCUACCUCGAUACAGAAAUUAUACCAAUAAUAAUAAUUCAUCAGCCUCAGAGAUUAGUAUGCAACAAGGAAUGUCUAUUGGUUCAAUGGUAUCUAAUCAGCAAUCACUUGAUUCGCAAGUUAGUAAUGAUGGUACCAUUUAUGAUGCACCAAGACAUCAAGUAAGACGAAAAACUAAAUCUGAACGUGUUCGUCUCUCCUCUCGACUUAAUCAUGCUCUUUGGAGGCGAAGAGGAAGCGACUCAUCAAUACAAAGUAAUAAUCUUGCAGUUGUCGGUAAUUUGGUCCGUCAACAUGAAGGUGUAACUCGAGCAACAAGUACCGGUGAUUUACAGUUACCCGGUCCAUCAAUAUUACCCACUGUGUGUAACUAUCUACCUCCCACUUUUCCCUUACCUGCACCAUCAUUUCCACAUCCUUCCGGUUAUCCUGUUAUUUCACCCACAGUUUCGGUAAUUAGUAGACCGAGAACUGAAAAACCCUCUUCUAAUCAUCCCUUUACUCAUGGGAUGUCUCAACAAGGAGAUUCACUUAUUAAUCCUUUACAAGAGAGACGACGACCCGAUAGUCGUACCAAUGGACACAGUGUUAGUCCACCAAAUGACCGAUCAGCAUCACAGCAGAAUCAAAAUCUAGGAGUAGGAUAUCUUAAUUCAUUUAAUUGCGCUGUGCCCAUGUCAGGUCAACCAUUAGGCUCUUUUGCCAAUCCAAAUCUUUUGGUCAACGGUUGUGGUCCACCCAAUGGAUUACCCAAUUAUUAUGGUUUCCAAGCUCGAACACCAUUCGCUCAACACCAACAACCAGCACCAUCAAUCUAUAAUUAUUAUCCAUCAAUGGUUCCUUGUGCACCUCCAUUCACAAAUGGUGUCAGCAAUUUAGGUGAUUUAGCUCGUGCUCGGGAAGCUCUUCUACCCCUUGUGACCGGUGUUGACACGGGAAGUGAAAACGGUGAUUCCCUUUUCAGGCCAAUAAUAAUCUCAGAUUCAGAAGGUUUUACCGAUGGUGGUUUUGGUCCAUCAGUAAGUCGUCCUGCCAGUCGUUCAGCUCAUCGUUUUGCUAAAUAGUUCAACUUUUAUGCUCAAAGAAAAACACUUCAAAUCAGACAAUCAAGACAAAGAAAGUGAUCAAAGAUAUUGGGAUAAAAAAGCAAACACAAUCAAGUUGAUCAACUUUAAACGCUCAAUUAAAUUAACCAGUGCUCAAGAAAAUACGACCAGUACUUAAUUGUAUUCAUCCAAUUUGUGUCUUCCUAUUCAACCAUCAAGAUCUUUCCUUUUUGUUUAAUUCUUCAUUUAAUUUUAUCGUAUUAGAUUGAUAUUGUUUGAAACAUGAAAUUGCACCAACAAUUAACUGUUAACCAUGACAUUAACAGUUAUUACAUAAUUAAACAUGAUAAUGUCAUAAUCAUGUUAAAAAUUUUGUUUUUUAUCAACAUCCUAUUUUUAAAUUUAUAUCUCAAUUAAUAUCGUUGGUAAAUUGUUUCAACAUUGUCAAAUUAACUCAGACAAACCAUUUUGUUAAAUUAGUUGAGAUUUCCGUUUAUAACUGCAAUCUAAAUUUAAACUAAUUGUUUGUCAAGUUAAUCAACUUUCAAAAAAACUGCCUUAAUCUUUUGUCUCUUUGAUUCCCUAAUUUAUUGUUUAAUUACCAAAUUUAACUUAACAACUUUAUCAAUGAUCGAUGUUUCCAAAACGAGUGAACUGUAUUCAAUUUAAUUAGUAUUUAGUUAAUUGAUUGUAUUCAUAUUGACUUGUUAGUUUUACAUUUAAUUUUAUCAAUUUUAACUAUUGGUUAAAUAUUAGCAGAAAAUAAUUGUUAACAAUUACAAAUACUCACAAGUCAACAAACGUUUGAUUAACUAAAUAGUAAUAUUAAUUAUCCUUUUCAAAACUGUUACCAUACAUGAGAAUAGACCAAAUAAUCAAGGUUAAUUGUGCCUUUAAUUUGCUAAGUUUUUUUUUGUAUAAAUUUCUAUUGAUUAAUGUACUUCAUAUUUAUCGCAAUUAGUCUUCUAAAUUUAAUCAUCUUGAUUAAUUUUCUCUCAUUGUAUUACCUGGCGAAUCCUCAUCAUCUCCAUCAUCACUGAUUUUCUCAGAUUCUUGAUUUAAUUGCUCUCUCUCUCUCUUUCUUUCUGUCAAUAAAUUUCUACCAAUUACUUGUAAUUAAAUAUCAGAGUUUUUGAAUCGC